AUGGUGUACAGCAGAACCCAGGAGACUUGUCGCCCCCGUCAAGACCGUUCCCCCGUCAAGACCGUUCCCCCGUUGAGACCGUUCCCCCGUCGAGACCGUUCCCCUCCGAGACUGUUCCCCGUCGAGACCGUUCCUCGUCAAACUGUUCCCCGUCAAGACUGUUCCCGUUGGACCGUCCCCGUCAAGACCGUUCCCCCGUCAAGACUGUUCCCCGUCAAGACCGUUCCCCCGUCAAGACCGUUCCCCGUCAAGACCGUUCCCGUCAAGACCGUUCCCGUUGAGACUGUUCCCCGUCAAGACUGUUCCCUCAGUGUCUCCGUCAGUAUGUUACGGCCAGCACUAGACAGCCUGCCCCAGUGGACCUGCUCAGCCUGCCCCAGUGGACCUGCUCAGCCUGCCUCCGUGGUUCUGCUCAGCCUGCCCCAGUGGACCUGCUCAGCCUGCCCCAGUGGACCUGCUCAGCCUGCCUCCGUGGUUCUGCUCAGUCUGCUCAAUUCUUCAAGCUCACUCCACCAACAGCUCACUCCACCAACAGCUCACUCCACCAACAGCUCACUCCACCAACAGCUCACUCCACCAACAGCUCACUCCACCAACAGCUCACUCCACCAACAGCUCACUCCACCAACAGCUCACUCCACCAACGACUCCUCCACCAACAGCUCACUCCACCAACAGCUCACUCCACCAACAGCUCACUCCACCUUAGCUCCAUACCAACAGCUCACUCACAACAGCUCAUCGUGGAAAAAACAUCCGAGUAAAAUCUAA